UAAAAGCAGGUUGAAGUAAUCCGCUAUCUGUUGUCAGUUGUGUUUUGGUCGGUGGUGUAGUGACUGUGAUGUUAUGUUCGGUAAAUGCGAAUUGACUGUAUUUGUCGUUUUGAUGACUAAAUCGGAGGAAUUGACCAGUUAACUUCGCGUAACAGAGAAGGUGAAGCGUCCCUUCCACACACUGAAGCUAAAGAAUACCGUGUAGGUAUGAAAUUUUGCUCUCAUAGCUGCUGAUAUUCAGCUGGCUUGACAGAAUUUAGACAUCACACAGCUGACACCAACAGUGAAGUGGUUAUGGUGAAAGGAAGAAGAAGCAAGCAGAAGAUCCACAUGUUGCAGUGAGUGUGCACCAGUGCACUAUUGUGCCAGGAUGAUUGUGAAUCAUGACAUCAGCAUCUAGUGAUACAUAGUUGUGAGAAACAGUCAUCUAACAUGGGGAUUUGCUGCUGUAAGCCGAACAACAGAGGACAGGCAAUAUAUCAUCCUGGUGGGCACAAAAUGCAUGAUGGGAUGGACUCGGGUGGUACCCAUCACACCAAUGGGGUUGAUCCUCGCUACACACCUGAUCCUAACCGACCACUUGGAAUGCAGAAGAGACAAGUUGGUGACAUAAUCCGCACACCAGCCACUCCAUUUCCACAGCAGCGGGGCCGUGUGGUGGUGGCUGUGUACAACUACCAGGCUCGUGAAGAUACAGAUGUGUCUUUCACUAAAGGUGACAGGAUGGAGGUUCUUGAUGACAGUGAGUCGGACUGGUGGCGAGUGAGACACCUCCAGACAAGAGAAGAAGGGCUAAUUCCCUGGAACUUUGUAGCUGAAGAAAAGUCAGUGGAGAGUGAGGAUUGGUUCUUCAUGAAAGUGUCCAGAAAGGAAGCAGAGAAGUUGCUGCUAUUCGAAGAGAACACGCGAGGCACAUUUCUUGUGCGGCAUAGUGAACAUAAUCCUCAGGGAUAUUCAUUGAGUGUGAAGGACUGGGAAGAAACACGUGGUUAUCAUGUGAAACACUACAAGAUCAAGCCCAUGGAUAAUGGGGGUUAUUACAUUGCUACGAACCAAACAUUUUCUACUCUGCAGGCUCUGGUUCAAGCCUACACUAAAAAUGCUCUGGGUUUGUGUCAUGUGCUAGCAAGACCCUGCACGAAACCCAAACCUCAGAUAUGGGACCUGUCACCUGACCUUAGGGACCAGUGGGAAAUUGAUCGCUCAGAGGUACAACUUCUCCGUAAGCUGGGGCAAGGUAACUUCGGGGAAGUAUGGUAUGGAAAAUGGCGAAACAACAUCGAGGUUGCCGUGAAAACACUGCGGCAGGGAACGAUGUCAACGCAAGCAUUCUUGCAGGAAGCUUCAAUCAUGAAGAAGUUCCGGCAUGACCGCCUGGUAGCAUUGUUUGCAGUCUGCUCUAAGGAGGAGCCAAUCUACAUUGUACAAGAAUACAUGUGCAAUGGGAGUCUACUGGAGUUCCUUCGGAAUGGACACGGCAAAAAUCUGCAGUUUGGGGACUUGGUGUACAUAGCAGCUCAGGUUGCUAGUGGAAUGGAGUAUUUGGAGGGAAAACAGCUGAUCCACAGAGACCUGGCUGCCAGGAAUGUACUGAUUGGAGAAAAUAAUAUUGCUAAGAUUUGUGACUUUGGGUUGGCUCGAGUAAUAGAGGAUGAUGAGUACUGUCCUCGGCAAGGAUCACGGUUUCCAGUGAAAUGGACAGCCCCUGAAGCAAUAGUGUACUGUCGAUUCUCCAUCAAAUCAGAUGUAUGGUCUUAUGGUAUACUGCUCAUGGAGCUGUUUACCUAUGGACAGGUGCCCUACCCAGGCAUGCAUGGACGGGAAGUUAUUGACCAAGUAGAAAAGGGAUACCGCAUGCCCAAACCUGCAUCUCAUCAUAUACCAGAUGCCAUCUAUAGGCUGAUGCUGCAGUGUUGGGAUGCAGACCCAGAGAACAGACCCACAUUCGAGUUCCUCAACCACUACUUUGAAGACUUCACCAUCACUUCUGAAAUACCAUAUCGAGAAGUGAUUGACUAGUGUCAUAUUCCAUUGUUUCAUAGUAUAUUCAUAAGUUGAGAACAGUGUUGCCACACCUCUCUACUGAAUUUCAGAAAAGUGAAAGAUUUUGUUGAGGAUUUUUGCAGCCAUGCUUGUACUUUGCCAUUCUAAGUGGAGUUGAUGCAUGUGAACAUGUCGUUUGGUGUUGCGUGAAGCUUGACCUUCUAAAUCUUCAUCAUAUUGAAGGGGAAAGUAAGGAGCAGAGGUACAUUACUACACACUGCAAGCCUUACUGUUCAUGCUAAGUCAUUCCUCCCUUCACUUCUUUCUUGCCCAUGCAUGUCUCAUUCUGCAGCCUGUACCAAGUUUUGUGUCUCACCAAAUGAUUUAUAUGAGGGAGGUUCAAUAGAAACACUACUUACCAGGAGAUCAGUGACAAAGCUUCAUGAGCAGCAUUUGAAACCCAGUAUGCAGUGGAAACAUCUGUAGCCCUCCAUAAGCAAGUUGUUCCAAGACCUUUAUAUUUGCUGGCAAGGUAAUGGUUACCAUUUUAAAUCACCAAGGAUUCAUACUUGUGUGAUUUU